CGUUCCCCUACUCCAGCUGUGGCAGAAGCGACAGGCAAGGAAGCAGAUCAUGCCUGAUAGGCUUCAAUACGACCAGGUGUGGUCGUCAGUGUUGUCUGCGUGCGGAGCUGAGUUCGAUGAGCUCGAACAACUAGUUCGCAAUCAUCGGGAGUCAUGCUCUGACGAUGCACGGCAGUAUUUGCAACAUGGCGACCUGUCUCCCUGUCAAACACUUGAGGACUUGUACGCAAACAACGAGCUUGCUACGUUGCAGCUUAGAAGCAGCAUAUUGAGGUGGGGAGC